AUGGCGGCUGAACAGGGCGAUGCGCCGCUCCCCAGUGGCCGUGAGCACGAGACGAACAUGAUCAAUUCUACGGAUGUUAUGCCUGAUAAUGCGACAGUACCGCCGGCCAAGACGCUGCUGGCUGAGGUGGCGCCAGUCGCCUCCCCGUCGGAGCUGCUGCAAGGCUCGGCGGUGGAUGCGGGUGAUGCACUGCCCAAUGCGCUCGCCAAGCUGAAGGAGGGGCGCAAAUCGGCGCCGCCUGCAGCACAAGAGAAUGUGGUUGCCAACUCCAAGAAGGAGCGUCCCGACGUCGGCACACUCGCCUAUACCGAGUGGGACAUUGUCCGCUUCCUGGCGUCGCUGCCCGUGCCGCUGGACCGUGUCAUGCCCGGCGUGCUCGUGCGUAUGGUGGCGCGCAUUUUGUUCAUGCACAAGCUUCUUGCCACCGAUAUGGCCUACGAUGUGCUGCUCACCUUUUGGCGCGGUGUCGUCGACAUUUUUUUCCGCGAGGUGCAGCCUCGCUCCUCGUAUCGUAUUCCCCACAAAGGCCCGUUGAUCUUUGUCGCAGCCCCUCACCAUAACCAGUUUCUGGACCCACUUCUCCUCGCGUCUGAAGUGCGCCGUGGCUCGGGCCGGCGCGUCUCGUUCCUCAUUGCGCAAAAGAGUCUGCAGCGCCAGUUUAUCGGCACGAUUGCACGCCUCUUUCAGUCGAUCCCAGUGAGCCGCGCAGCGGAUAGCGCCAAGCCCGGCAAGGGCUUUGUCACGAUGGGCGACGAUCCGACGCACCUCCGUGGCGUCGGCACCGAGUUUACCAAGCAGCUCCAAGUGCACGGCCAGAUUGUGCUCGACAAGGAGACCGAGUACGCCGCCGCGGAGGUCGUGGACAUUCUGAGCGACACAGAAGUGCGCAUCAAGAAGGAGUUUGCUGGCAAGAACGUCGACAAGGCGCUGCGUGGCCAGCUGGGGUCGAGCAAAAACCCCGGUGCCAAGUUCAAGUGUUUCCCGUACGUCGACCAGAAGCAGAUGUACGCCAAGGUGUACGAGUGCCUUUCGGACGGCAAGUGCCUCGGUAUCUUCCCCGAAGGUGGCAGCCACGACCGCACGGACCUGCUUCCGCUCAAGGCUGGCGUCGUGAUCAUGGCGCUCGGCGCGAUGGCCAACGACCCCAACCUGGAUGUGAAGAUUGUGCCUGUGGGCAUGUCGUACUUCCACCCCCACAAGUUCCGCUCGCGUGCCGUGGUCGAGUUCGGCAAGCCGCUGAGCGUGCCGAGCGACCAGGUCGCGCUCUUUAAGCAGGGCGGCGACGGCAAGCGCCGCGCCGUGUCCCAGAUGCUGGAUCUUGUGUACGACGGGCUGAAGAGCGUUACGGUGCGUGCGCCGGACUACGAAACGCUGAUGGUCAUCCAGGCCGGGCGGCGCCUGAUCAAGAUGCCGGGUCAGCAGCUCACGCUCGGCGACACGGUCGAGCUGAACCGCAAGUUUAUCAUGGGUUACCUGAAGCACAAGGACCACCCCAAGGUGGUCGAGGUGCGCGACGCGGUGCUCACCUACAACGAGCACCUGAAGCAGCUCGGGCUACGCGACCACCACGUCGACCGUGCGAACCGCUCGCGUCUGCGCAGCACGGCGCUCUUGCUGUACCGCCUGAGCAUGCUCCUGCUGUGGAGCGGCUGUGCGCUCCCCGGUGCGAUCCUCAAUGCCCCCAUCAUCCUGCUCGCCAAGAUCGUGAGCAAGCGCAAGGCGAAGGAGGCGCUUGCCGCGUCGCAGGUCAAGGUGUACGGUCGCGACGUCCUGGCCACAUGGAAGGUGCUUGUGUCGCUCGGUGUGGCGCCGGUGCUCUAUGGCACGUACACGGCGCUCGCCACGAUCUAUGUUCGCCGCCAUACUAACUGGUCGCGUACGAAUAACCGCCUAAUUCCCCUCUAUUCGAUGAUUGCCCUGCUCUCCAUCAGUUAUUCUGCGCUCAAGUUUGGCGAGGUCGGUAUCGACGUGUACAAGUCGCUCCCUCCCCUCUUCUUCUCCCUGCUGGGCCGCCGCAAGGUGAUUGAGCGCCUGCAAGAAGAGCGCAUGCGCCUUGCCGCGAUGCUCCACCGCACGAUCGAGGAGCUCGGCCCGUACGGGUGGGACGACGAGGACAUGUUCCGCUCGUUGCCGAGUGCGCGUGCACCGCCUUCCCCGAGCGAGGAGAUGUACUGGCGUACAAACGGCGUGCCGCUGCACGGCGCCCUGUCGCACCCCCUCACCUUUAUCGACGAGUGGGUCUUUGGCUGGGGCGCGUCGCGCCGCUCGCAGCGCGCCCCGAGCUCGCCCGAGAUGCCCGUUAUGCCCGAUCGAAAUGCAGUGCCGGACGAGGACGAGAUGGGGCCAGAUUACGAAGAGGCACUGAGCGUCUACCGCCGCAAGGCCGACGACGCCGGGGCACUCCAUCCCGCCGGGCCUCAUCGGCCGCGUGUGCGCCGCCGCAGCUCGCACGACUACCGCCUGCGUCACCCCACUGGCUCGCCCCGUAUGGAUGAUGUAUCCUUCACGCCUCUCAAGUAG